UGCCCUUUAUUUUCUUUUUUUUUUUGCUCUUUUUUUAGCUUUUGGACUCCGUGCUUCUCUUGUUCUUUCCCGUUUUCACCUCACAAGUAGCAGAGAGGAGCAACAAGCUAAGGGAAGCUGGAAACGGAAAGGCUGAAGUUUCACUCUCACUGCAGGAUGGUCUCCAAUUCGAGUAAGCAGUGAGGAAAGAGCAAUAUUCAAACUGCAGGUUUGAGAAAUACAAUGCUUUGCAUUGUAGAGGGUUCUGAAUUCUAAUGCAUUGGUAAAAUUUCUGCUUAUAGUUAUGGCCUGUCAGGUGGGAGCGAGCAUGCCGAGCUCUGCUUUGUUUGUAAUGGAGACUCUCACAGUGUGUGCAAUGCAGAAAUGGAGCAUUGAGCCCAAUUUCAGUGGACAGAUAUCAAAGAUUGGCAUAAAGGAUGCUCCUUUUCUCGGAAAGAGGUUUCAAAUGAGAAGACCAUUUGCCUUGGACACAGGGGGGUUACCUGGAAAUGCUGGAGAAGAGAAUCUUGAUGGUGAUGGUCCUGGUCUAGGCGGCACUCGAUUAGGAAGAAUAGUAAGUGCUGGUGGUCGACAGCUACUACAGAAGCUGAAUUCAGCAAGAAAGAAUUUCCCCAUGAAGAUAUUUCUCCUUCUAUUUGGUUUCUACACAGCAAAUGCACUCGCUACAAUUCUUGGACAGACAGGUGACUGGGAUGUAUUAGUUGCAGGCGUUGUGGUUGCUGCCAUAGAAGGGAUUGGCAUGUUAAUGUACAGAAAGCCUUCUUCUAUGUCUACUGGAAGGUUGCAGUCUUUUGUGGUGUUGAUGAACUAUUGGAAAGCAGGAGUGUGUUUAGGACUCUUUGUGGAUGCAUUUAAAUUAGGCAGUUGAACUCCUCUUCCUCACUA